AUGCAGGAGGAGGAAUAUGAUCUCUAUGAAGACAUUGAGCCCCCCAUUCUACCGCAGCAGCAGCAGCAGCAGCAGCAGCAGCAGCAGCGGAAGGAUGGAGGGACAGCAGCAGCAGCACCACCAAAUGAGGGUUCAUCUCCGGCUGCUGCUGCAGCAGCACCAGGUAUAGCCGCUGCUGCUGCUGCAGCAGCAACAACACCUGCUGCUGCUGCUACCCUUACAGCUACCAGACCACCAGUACUAACAACAACAGCAGCAGCAGCAGCAGCAGUACCACCCCUCUUAUCCCCCACAGCAGCAACAGCAGCAGCAGCAGCUGUACCACCACCAGCAGCACCCUCACCAACAGCAGCACCAGCAGCAACAGCAACAGCACCAGCAGCAACAGCAGCAGCAGCAGCAGCAGAGGAAGAAGAAGAUGGUGUAGUAGUAGUAGGAGGAGAAGAGAAUUUAUCUCUUGUCUAUGAAGGACCAACUAAGGACAAUAGACCUAUUUGGUUUAAUGAAGUAAAUCUAAGAGAAGCAGCCCUCUUCUUUGGUCGUGUUAUCUGCUGCCGGCGCGAUGAGAUCUUUGCAUGCGUUGGCGCCACCGUUGAGCCGCUGCAGCCGCAGCAACAGCAGCAACAGCCGCAGCAACAGCAACAGCAGCAACAGCAGCAGCAGCAGCAACAGAGUGCAGCUUCAGCAGAUGUCCACCGCGGGCAGCAACCUCAGCAGCACCAGCAGCAACAGCAACAGCAACAGCAACAGCAGCAGCAGCAGCAGCAGCAGCAAGGGGAGUCUGCGCAGCAAAAGACAGGAAUAGCAGCCUUGUUUCCCUUCUUUGACCCCUCCGUGCUGCAGAUUGAUGAUGCUGAUGGCGGCGGCAGCAGCAGCAGCGAACACGAGGGCAGCAGCAGCACCGCCAACAGCAGCAGCAGCAGCAGCAGCGGUAGUAGUAGUAGUAGCACUAGUAGUAGUAGUAGUAGUAGUAGUAGUAGCAGCAGCAGCAGCAGCAGCAAUCCCCAGCCUAAGGUAUCGGGCAAGAGGGCAAGGAGAUCGAGAGCCAAGAGGCUUAAGGCAGAAGCAGCAGCAGCAGCUGCUGCUGCUGCAGGAGGCCCAGUAGACUGGCAGCAGCAGCAGCAACAACAACAGAGAUGGAUGCAGCACCAACAAUAUAUGUACCAUCAGCAGCAGCAGCAGCAAUUGCAGCAGCAGCAGCAGCAGCACAUGAUGCCUCCUCAUCCUUAUCAGCAGCAGCUGCACAUGAUGCAUCCUCCUCCCCCCCAUCACCACAUGCAGCAGCAGCAGCAGCAGCAACAGCAGCAGCAGCAGCAGCAACAACAACGAGUUAUGCCUCGUGGGGCUAAUGCUGUACCCUUAGGCUCGGGCAGUUCUUAUCCGAACUUUCUUCCUAAACACUUUUAG